AUGAGUGUCAAAUCAGAGGUUUCCGUAAACGAACGCAUUUAUGACAUUUGCUUUAAAGCUUGUGGAAAUACUCCGCCUAGUGACGACGCCACGAGAAAUGACUUCGAUGCAAUAUCAUGCCUUAAUGAGUGCAAAGCAGGUAUUAUAAAUUUGGUAAUGAAGAAAAUUUAUGAGCCAAAUGAGUCUAAUAAACUGAAACCAGCUUAUACAAGUCCUGGUCGUAAAAACCUCAAAAGGUUCAAAAAACGAUUAAACAAAAUUGGUAAGCCUUUUAAAAACGCAUUACAAAGAAAGGAAAAAGAGUAUGACCUUGACAUAAUGGAUAAAAGCCUGAGAUCCAUAAAUGAAAGUUUGCCGCCUGAAAAUAGGGGUUUAUUUCUAAGUUUUUUAGGGAACAUCUUUAAGCCUAUAAUUCGUGGUAUUUCUAACUUGGUAGCUCCUCCAGAUCCGCCUCCGCCUCCGCCACCUCCACCUCCACCACCUCCUCCACCACCGGCUCAGGUUGUUCCACCGGUAGAAAUAGCAAAGGUUGAAGUUAAAAACACAGAAAUUCAACCAGAGAAGCCAAAAGAGCCUGAAAAGCCCAAAGAGCGAGAGAAACCUAAGGAGCCGGAAAAGACCGAGGAGCCACAAGAUGAAGAGGAGGAUGACGGUGAAGACGAAGAGGAAGUUGAGGAAUAG